UUUUGGGCAGCAGAUGCAGCUCUCCAGAAGCGCUACAGCCAAUUGGAGAGCAGCACCAAUUUGGUUCUUGGGAAAGCCCAGAAGAUUGUGAGGAAACUCUUCUCUCUGAGCAAGCGCUGUCCCAAACUGCCAAGGAUCAACCUCCCAAGAGAAAGGUACGAUAAUGGGAACAUCACAUGCUUUCAAAUCAUUCCACAAAUAGAUUGUAAUAUCUGCCACAUCAGAGAUGUAUGGAGAAUAAGAGCACCUCCUCCCAGCUGCCCACUGCACUGAGGCUAGGAAACACUGUCACUACCGAUAAAUCUACGAUAAUCAAAAAUUUCAACAAGCAUUUUGCUAUGGCUGGCCAUGCUUUCCACCUGGCUACCCCUACCCCGGCCACCAGCUCUGCACCCUCCGCUGCAACUUGCCCAUGCCCCCCCCCCCACUUCUCCUUCACCCAAAUUCAGAUAGCUGAUGUUCUGAAAGAGCUGCAAAAUCUGGACACCUACAAAUCAGCUAGGCUAGACAAUCUGGACCCUUUCUUUCUAAAAUUAGCCGCCGGAAUUGUCGCAACCCCUAUUACCAGCCUGUUCAACCUCUCUUUCGUAUCGUCUGAGAUCCCCAGAGAUUGGAAAGCUGCCGCGGUCAUCCCCCUCUUCAAAGGGGAUGACACUUUAGAUCCAAACUGUUACAGACCUAUAUCCAUCCUGCCCUGCCUUUCGAAAGUAUUUGAAAGCCAAGUUAACAAACAGAUCACCGACCAUUUCGAAUCCCACCGUACCUUCUCCGCUAUGCAAUCUGGUUUCUGAGCUGGUCAUGGGUGCACCUCAGCCACGCUCAAGGUCCUAAACGAUAUUAUAAUCGCGAUCAAUAAAAGACAGUACUGUGCAGCCGUCUUCAUCGACCUGGCCAAGGCUUUCGACUCCGUCAAUCACAGCAUUCUUAUUGGCAGACUAAAUAGCCUUGGUUUCUCAAAUGACUCCCUCGCCUGGUUCAACAACUACUUCUCAGAGUUCAAUGUGUCAAAUCGGAAGGCCUGUUGUCUGGACCUCUGGCAGUCUCUAUGGGGGUGCCACAGGGUUCAAUUCUCGGGCCGACUCUAUUCUCUGUGUAUAUCAAUGAUGUCGCUCUUGCUGCUGGUGACUCUCGGAUCCACCUCUAUGCGGACGACACCAUUUUGUAUACAUCUGGCCCUUCAUUGGACACUGUGUUAACAAACCUCCAAACGAGCUUCAAUGCCAUACAGCACUCCUUCCGUAGCCACAAACUGCUCUUAAACGCUAGUAAAACUAAAUGCAUGCUCUUCAAUCGAAUGCUGCUUGUACCCGCCCACCCGACUCGAAUCACUACUCUCGGCGGGUCUGACUUAGAAUGUGUGGACAACUACACAUACCUAGGUGUCUGGUUAGACCGUAAACUCUCCUUCCAGACUCACAUUAAGCAUCUCCAAUCCAAAGUUAAAUCUAGAAUUGGCUUCCUAUUUCGCAAAAAAACAAAGCCCCCUUCACUCAUGCUGCCAAACAUGCCCUCGUAAAACUGACUAGCCUACCGAUCCUUGACUUCGGCGAUGUCAUUUACAAAAUAGCCUCCAACACUCUACUCAGCAAAUUGGAUGUAGUCUAUCACAGUGCCAUCCUCGGUAAGCUGGAGACUCUUAUGUCCCUCACUAACUUUAAGCAUCAGUUGUCAGAGCAGCUUACCGAUCACUGCACCUGUACACAGCCCAUCUGCAAUUAGCCCACCCAACUACCUCAUCCCCAUAUUGUUAUUUAUUUUGCUCAUUUGCACCCCAGUAUCUCUAUUUGCAAAUCAUCUUCUGCACAUGUAUCAUUCCAGUGUUAAUACUAAAUUGUAAUUAUUUUUGCACUAUGGCCUAUUUAUUGCCUUACCUUCGUAACUUACUACAUUUGCACACACUGUAUAUAGAUUUUCUAUUGUGUUAUUGACUGUAUGUAUUGUUUAUCCCAUAUGUAACUCUGUGUUGUUGUUGUUUUUAUCGCACUGCUUUGCUUUAUCUUGGCCAGGUCGCAGUUUUAAAUGAGAACUUGUUUUAAACUGGCUUACCUGGUUAAAUAAAGGUGAAAUAAAAUAAAAAAUAAAAAUAUGUAAAUGUCUUUAUGUUGGCUUUUGAACAUCUUACACCUACUUUAUUGGUAAAUUACAUUAAUUAAUUAUUACAUAGAACCACUUCAUGGCAUUUUAUCACCACUUUGUGUCCUCUUUUAUAUCAAGUAAUUUGACCAAGCAAAGUUAUUUUAUUUGGGUCAGGUCUUCAUACUUUUCCCUGUAGUUUAAAUAAUACACCCCUAAUCACAUAUACAUGGCUGAGUUGUCUGUCAUUUAGAGGCAAUUUGGUAUCUAAUGCUGUGCGAAAACCAGGGCAAGCGUCUGAAAUGAAAGAGAGAGAGAGAGAGAGCUGUUUAGUGUCUCUUCCCUGAUUGAAGAGGUCUGUGUGAUGUGAGGUCUGCGGUGGCAUGUCUGUAAUCAAGUGCUCUUAGAGAAGACAGGUUGGUGUGAACCACUUGCCCACUGAACACCCACAUUUUUGUGACAAGCGCUACCUCUGCCUGUCAUUCACUCAUUUAACUCUGUUCAAACAAAUAACAACAGUCUAUUCAGCUUAGCUGAGCCAGAAGAUUUCUUCAACAUCAUCAUCAUGUGCUAUAUAAUCCCUCAUUUUGAUAUGCAAGUCUGCAGAAGAGGAAAACGUUUUUGUUUAUGUAGUGCAAUUCCCAAUACAGAACCGGUUGAGGAAAACUAAUCUUUGCAGAACCAACUCCAAAAUAGUGCUAGUAGAAAGUUACGGCAAAGUACUCAAUUGUUAAUUUAUUUACAAUAUCUGUGUUUUUUCCCUCAAAUGUGGUUGCACCAAAAAUGUCUCAUCCUACCAAUGCUUGUACAUAAUUCAUGAACACAGACUUAAGCUCAAAUUCACUUUAUAGUGAACAUUACGUACAGCACAUAAAAUCAAAUAAUAUAUUAGCUAUAACAUAUUAGUACUUAAAAGAACAAUCCUUCAUAAGUAUGUUAUGCAGGUUCUGGAACACGCUAUGCAUAACUCUGGAAGACACCUAUCCUCCAGAGUAAACUGAACAGCUGGAAGAAGGAUCUUCCGAGUAGGGUUCUUGGUAUUCUUCUGAAUCCCUAAGACGGGUGAUGAGCCUUUUAAAGCCCACAUCAAUCAUCAUUUGGCACUCACUAAAUGGGAUGAUGUUAAGUGAACGUUACUUCUGUCCUUUAUGCAGUCUUCCUCUAUCCUUUCUAGAGGGUACAAUAGUGUUAGUCUAAGGAAAAGUUGUUUGAUUAAUGAAUGACUGCAUUUAUUGAUUAUGAAGGGCACUUAUGAAGCUUUUUAAGUAAAGAUGAUUCCAAAGUCAAAUUAUGGUUUUGAAAAUAAUUAUAUUAAUCUUAAUAACAAAUGUGACUACUGAUGUUUGCGGAGAACACAUUACGCAAAUGUCUCCCUUCUUGUUAUGAAUGAGCUUAUUUCAUUUACCUAAUAUUGUGCUCUUUUCUCUUUAGGACAACAGGAUUUUGGCUGAACAGGGCCCAGUCACUCCUGUACUGCAAUGAGCAUGGAGUCCUGGGCAUGUUUUCAGAGGAGGUGCAAAGCUGCACCUGCACUGCAGAGCACAGUAGUGCCUGCCAGGGGACAGUACCCUGUGUGGUCGGAGAGGGGACAUCCUGCCUCUCAUGUGCCCCAGACAACAUCACACGCUGUGGCUCCUGCCACCUUGCCAACAUCCUGCACCUGGGCUCUUGUCGGCCCAACAUAGCAAACUCUCUGGACCACUACCUGAACAUUGACUUUGACAUGCCGGAUGCAGAGUUCAAGUACCUGCUCCAGCGGCUGGACAGUCGCAUGGAAGUCCACGCCAUCUACAUUAGCAAUGACGUGCGUCUGGGCAGCUGGUUCAACCCGGCCUGGAGGAAACGCAUGCUCCUCACUCUAAAGAGCAACAAAAACAAAUCCAAUCUCAUUCAUAUGCUAAUGGGAAUCUCAUUCCAGAUCUGCUCUACUAAAAACAGUACACUGGAGCCUGUGCCUGCCAUCUAUGUCAACCCAUUUGGGGGUAGCCACUCGGAGAGUUGGUUCAUGCCUAUCAACCAGCAGGACUUCCCAGACUGGGAAAGAACUAAAGUGGAUGCCUCUCUGCAGUGCUACAACUGGACAUUGAUGCUGGGCACCAAGUGGAAGUCCUUCUUCGAGACGGUGCACAUUUACCUGCGCAGCCGCAUCCUGACCGAUGACCCCACCGUCAACGAGACCCUUUUCUACGAACCCCUGGACCUGGACGACAACACAUCCAACCUGGGCUACAUGAAGAUCAACAGUCUCAAGGUGUUCGGCUACAGCAUGCACUUUGACCCCGAGGGCAUCAAAGACCUGAUUCUGCAGCUGGACUACCCGUACACGCAAGGCACCCAGGACGCAGCCUUUCAUAUGCUGCUGGAGAUGAGAGACCGCAUCAACCGGCUCUCCCCGCCUGGAUUGCAGCCAUUGGACCUCUUUUCAUGUCUGCUCCGCCACAGGCUCAAGCUCUCCACUAGUGAGGUGGUGCGCAUCCGAGACUCCCUCCAGAUUUUCAACUCCAAGCUGCCCAAUUCCUCGGAGGCAGAGCUGGGCCAGUUGUGCAGCUAG